GCCACCCGUACCCAGCCAUUGUAAAACACACGAACCAUGCCUGUUCCUGGACCGAACGCAGUGUUGAAAUCACGAUUGCAAAGUAGCAAGGCUAACCCCCCGCCUUCCCAGCCGCAGUCAGACCCCGCUGUUCGGGACGUGAAACCAGAAGAGGCCUCAAGAGAUGUGGCACACUCGAUUCUGCGCCCUUCGAUAGCUCGGCCUCCCUCCUUCCAAAGUGAUGUUGAGGGAGCUAAACGACGCAGCUUAUUGCCUCAGCUUGGCCAACCCAGGUACAACCCUCGUUCAGAUGUGCCCUCAGACGUCUCCAACCGGAACAAUGAUGCUAAAGAGGCGGACCUCGGCGUGACUGGGUCUGUGGGGCAACCAGGAAACGUAUCUGUGACUAAGGAGGCCAAUGUUCACAGCGCAACGCCAGGGCGAAUUCGACCACGGUCCCUGUACCAGACUGGAACCGCACCAUCUGAGCGAGCCAUGUACAGCAAUGAUCCAACAGCUUCAAAAGUAAUGCCCCCUCCAGCUUCAGUAAGCAAACCAUCCGAGCCGCAAACGACCGUGCUGAGUCGAUCGCAAACCUUGCGCAAACCCGGUGCUGUAAUGCAGUCAGCUCAACCAACGAGAACUGCGGUUCAUUCCCGCGCGCAGUCUGUUAGCACGGCUGCAGCCGCUCGAAGAGAUGCGGUGAAGUCUAACACGGGUUCGGAAAGGCCAAAAUCCCUUUUGGUUGCGCCAAGUAGCAACAUUAAGACCAACGAUGUUCCAAAAGACAAAGCGCUCAAUGGAACAAGGGCUACACGCAUUGCCCAUACUCGUUCGGCAAGCACUAGAGUAAAGUCCGAGGCCUUGAGUGGCAGCGCCAACGCUGUGACGGCAAUCAGGCCCGCAGAGCCAGUUAUAUCUCAAUCAAGACAUCGUGAACCCGUGCGAGAAGAGCCGAAGAAAAUCGCUCGUCCGGCCUUUUCCACCCUACAACAACAUUUCACGCCACGGAAGACGGGCAAAGCACCGACCGCAACGUUUCUUCAUCCUGCGCCAGCUCCUAGUACCAAUGCUCUGCCGCCUGAGAUAGUCAAUCUCCAAUCGGAACUACUUCAGCUUCACUUGUUGCACGAGGCGUCAGCUCAUGUGAGCAGCUGUUGGGAGACGAGUGCGAAGCGAAAUCUACACAAGAAGUUCGAGGAAGUCGCCAGCUUGUAUCAAGCCAUGCUGGAGUUUGAACGUGCGGGACAGGAACAAAAGAAUCUUCAAUCUCUGCUGGAAUGGAGCGCUGGAAAGUCGACCGCAGGGUUGGUUGAAUAUAUCCAAAUCCUGUCAGGGCCACUUCACGAACUCCCUGCCUUGGUUGAGUCAGGUGGCCGGAUUCAUCGUCUCGUGAGCGAGUUCGAACACUGGGUUUCGUGGGUGCAGGAAGCACGGUCAGCUAGACGCGGCUCUACUGAAGAUAAAGGCACUUUAGGAGUCAUUGACGGCCUUGGUGAUGCAUGGAAAGCAGAAACUACGGGUUUGAUACGAAAGGUAACUUCUUUCGCCCGCGAUCUGGAAAGGAUAGACCAGCCAUUGUCAGGAUCAAGCAUCGCUUGCAUUGUUGAAGCGUGCAAGUCGCUUUUGGAAGGGAUUUUAGAUGAGCUGCACGCCAUGCAGGCGAUCGAGGCUGAAGUGGUUGCAAAGGAGAAGGAUUGGAUUGAAGAUCGUUUAAGGGUCAUUGCCCGGGACAUCGGGUCAUCGUACCUAGUGGAGACAAGUGCAGAGUCUCUAGCCUGGCGGAUGUAGCAUGUUUGUAACCUUCUACGUAGGAUUUGGCUACUUCGACUUCAUGCGAUGUUGGCGUCUUCGAACGCAAAAGUCCAACGCCGCCCGAGGACAUCAAAGAGACGCCCGAGGAAGUAGUCAACGCACUUCAGCAGAAGCUUACUUGAUUUGCGCCUAUGUAUCUGCACAUACUAUGCACGGUCCCCGUCGUCUGCCAACGACCGUUGUUUCGAUGGGUAGAGCGGCACGAAGUGCAACUGGCCGUCCUACCGAGCGUGCCGCUGCCACUCUUUGGCCUCCCAUCAGCAUUUCCCGAACGCACGAGCUGGCCACGCAUCAGACCACAUUCAAUCCCUUUCGGUGUAACUUCCGCAAUUUGUAUGACUAAACUGUCAGAGUGGAUGGUGAUGACUAACCGCGCUAGGUCCGGCCAGGUAGCGCGUCUUCAUUACCAAGAAUU